AUGAACUUUUCCCUAUUGAUCAUCACUGCUUUCUUUGCUUCUCUUGCUGUCUCUAAGCCAAUGGAAAAGCCAACAGAGAAACCAGCAUCUUCAGACGAUUUCGACCUUGACCUCUUCUUGGGCUCAAUGGGAGACGGACACUUCGCCAACGUUGAUGUCGACGGAGUUGAAACAAUGGCUCCAAAGAAAUCCGAGAAACUCCCAGGACAAAAGAAAAUGAAGCCAGAAUUUCAACAACCAGAAGGAAUCGCUCCAGAAUUCACUGGUGGAUUUAUGGGGUCUGAUUCUUCCGAUGCUGCUGUCAUUGCUGCGGAGCCAUCCACUCAAAGAACCGAUGAGGUUGCUGAGUCUUCUGAAUCAACUGACUCCUCCGACGUUGACUAUUUUGGAGAGGCUGCCGCUUCUGCUCCAGUUUCCAAUCCAGCCCUCACUUAUCUUUCCGGAGCCAACUUCGAUAACGUUGCUCAACCAUCCUGUCAAAUGCUUGGAUGCACUGGACCAAUUCCAAACGACGGUUCUUAUGCUGCUAUGUCUGCUUCACUUGAAGAUAAAGCAUGCAAUCAAAUCUUCGUUCCAAUGAAUGGAUGCACUGACAACAAGGGAUAUCCAAUGGGAAUGCUCUGCUCUGUCUGCUGUGAUUGUGCCAACUCUUUCGUUCAAGAGAUGAAGAAGACAUUCGGAUACAAAGCCAAUGUAGAUACAUCCGUCUUCUCCUCCUAG